UGGGAUGGGGGCGUCUUCUUAAGCCGGCCGCCGGUGCUUCCUCUCUCCGCAUCCCCAAAUCUGGAGCAUCUCGUGUUUAAGGAGGAGGAGGAGGAGGAGGAGGAAGGCGCAGGCACGUGUGGCAGAGGAGGGGGUGCGGACUCUCGCGCGGCAUCCUUCCCCGCAGAGCCGGUGGAGGAGACGGAGGGAGAGCGAGCGAGAGGGAGCUGCGGGGCUGCGCUCCGGGCCAUGCACUAGUUCAGCAUCAGGAUAAUUCCCAGUCGAGGACAGAGUUUCGUAGGGAGGUGGUCCAGUAUCCUACCACUGUUCACCGGUCAAAGAAACUCAGCAGGAAGGAAAGGGUGAUGGACCACCUGAUGAAUCUCCUCUACCUGAAUUUCUCGGAGCAGCUGAGCCUGUUGGAGGAAAGCGAUAUGUCCUGCAGCGAUUCAGUGGGCAACGGCACCUUCCUGAUCGUAUCUUACAGCGCCAUCAUUGCCGUUGGGCUGAUUGGCAACCUCUGCCUGGUGUGCGUCAUCGUUCAGCAAAAGGAGAUGAGGAACGUCACCAAUAUCUUCAUCGCCAACCUCUCCUGCUCCGACAUCCUCAUGUCCCUCGUCUGCAUGCCCGUCACUGUCAUUUACACCUUGAUGGACCGCUGGAUUUUGGGAGAAGCUCUGUGCAAGGCCAGCCCUUUCGUUCAGUGCGUAUCCGUCACAGUCUCCAUCCUCUCUCUGGUCUGGAUCGCCCUGGAAAGGCAUCAGCUCAUCAUCAACCCGACGGGAUGGAAGCCGGCGGCCAACCACGCCUACCUGGCUGUCGCCCUCACCUGGGUGGUGGCCGGCUUCAUCUCCUUGCCUUUCCUCUCCUUCACCAUCCUGACCAACGAGCCUUUCCAGAACUUAAGCCUCCCUUUCGACCCUUUUGCCAACCACCUGGCCUGCAUCGAGCACUGGCCGUCGGACCACCACCGUCUCACCUUCACCACCUUCCUCUUGCUGUUCCAGUACUGCCUCCCCUUGUUCUUCAUCAUGGCGUGCUACUUCCGCAUCUUCCUGCGCCUCCAGCGCCGCAAGGACAUGUUGGAGCGGUCCAAAGAUGGCUCCAGAGCCGUCAGCCACAGGAAGGUCAACAUCAUGUUGGCUUGCAUCGUGGUGGCUUUUGCUGCCUGCUGGUUCCCUCUCACGGUCUUCAACGCCCUCUAUGACUGGGACCACGAAAAAAUCUCCGUGUGCUACCACAACUUCAUCUUCUCCCUCUGCCACCUGACGGCCAUGGCCUCGACGUGCAUCAACCCCAUCAUCUACGGCUUCCUCAACAGCAACUUCCAGAAGGAAGUCAAGGCUUUGCUCUACCGCUGCAGUUGCAGCAACGAGAAGGACAAGUACGAGAGCUUUCCCCUUUCUACGGUCAGCACGGAGAUCUCAAAAGCCUCGCUCCGUAGUGGAGGGGGCACCAGCCUCCACGUGUGAUGGCCAGGCUCUCGUGCAGUGCCUCCCGACAGCUUGCCAGGACAUUCCUUCCUCUGCAUCAUGGUGUGAGAAGACUGGGAGUAUCUCCCUUCUUGGCCUCUUUCUGAAUCCUUCGGAACUCUGCCUUCCUUUUGCAAACCAAACUUGUAUCAGGGAUCAUCUGAAACUGUGCGCAGCAUCCAAAUUACGUGAGUUGCAGUGCAGAGAGAAUCACACAGAUGACCAGACAGCAGAGUGUGUUGCAGGCUGUAAUCCUGAUUUAGCUUUGUUGUUGUUUUGUUGUUAAGUCAUGUCUGACUCUUCGUGACCCCAUGGACCAGAGCAUGCCAGGCCCCCCUGUCUUCCAUGGCCUCCCGGAAUUUGGUCACCGCUGAUUUAGCUAUCUGUUCCUAAAUCUGCCCAUGAGUGAAAGUGUUUGGCCAACUUUCCCUUCUGGAGCUUCGGAGAUAAUUUAGGCGCUAAAAUGAAUGGAAGUGGAAAAUGAGAUUCAUGAAAGCAGCUUAGCCUCAGAUCCAAAGUCAUUGAGAUGCUUCACUGGUUUAAGCCAUGGGUUUUUAGAUUCCCAUGGGGUUACUUAAGAAGCCGAUCUGCACAAAUGAUUCCUUAGAAAGAGAGCUCAAAUCAAUACCGGCAGGCACAUUUUUUUCAGAAAGGUGGCUUGCCCAGUGUGCCUGAUCUCUCCUUGCUAGGUGCAGAUGGAGGACAUAGUAGGGGAUUUUUACAUGGUCUCCAUUCAGUGAAGUCAACUCUAGCGGGGUCUACGUGUCUUGGUUGCUGCCCUCCAUAGACAGAACUUUUUGCAAUGCAGCAGGGAUCCAUGAUAGACGUGGAGGAGGUUUUUGGCCAGAGCCAGCCCUAACAUUUGGCAUAGUGAGUCAAUGGGGUUAGCCAGCAGAUGCUGACAGCAGCCAUGGUGGCUUUCUAGCUAUUCCUCCUGAACGCCCCGGCUGUUCUCCUCUGUAACAGACAGACACACAACCUGCCCUGCCUCAUUUCAAAAAUUAGUCAGCUACUUUAGGUGACAUAGAGCCAUGGCUCGGUCCUCCAGAUGUUUUUGGGCGUCCACUCCCAAAUCCCCACUAGUUGGCUAUACAGGCUGGGGAUUCUGGAAGCAGAUGUGAAACACAUCUGGAGGAACAAAGAGAGAACUGCAGUAUUAGAGGACAAUGAUCUCAUGGCUGGAGGUGAAGGAAGAUUAGCUUGCCCAUCAAGUCAGCUUCUCUACGGGGACGAGAAAGCAGGUAACACCCUGCCUUUGCCCCAUCAUUGAGGUUUGGGCUGCAAGACCCCUGCCUUAAUUUCCCUGUCAGAACAAUAUGCAUCGCAAUUCAUUUUCAUUGCCCUUUUUGCUGGGAAAGAUUAAUAAAACUCUUUCCAGCCAGCAGAUGCUACACAAAAAGGAUUAUUUGAUGACUGUAAUCCAUUUGAGGACAAUGGGUCUACUCCUGUGCUAGAGGUAGGCAGAUGCUUUGUCUCACUGAAAGAUGCCCCUCUAAGAAAGGUGCUAAUAUUUUACUAGCCUAGGAUGCUACAUGUUGACCUUUGUUGGGGGAGAGGGAGAGUCCUCAGGCAGCAAAAUGUCUUGGGCUCUCCUGAAAAGAGAAAAUCCACUCUCCAAUAUUACGCUGCUCUCUUCUAUCCGUAGGCAAAGAGUACAUAUUACGUAAAUAUGCAAGUACAUAUGUUGAGUUCAGUCGUUUCUGCAAAGCUUGAUUAAGACCUCUGAAUAUUCCUUAAUCAAGAGGGAAUUGGUUUGCCCAGUACUACACGAGGGUCUGCAUGCUGUAGUUUGCACACCGGUCCAGAGACUAGGGGAGGUUCAGCGAUCUGAUGUCGGUGGGGUGGGUUGUUGAAUCCACUCCAGCUUCUGGUAUGAAUUUUAUCUAAGGUGCUGAACCUAUUUCGAGGAGUAGAACUCAGCUUCUUGGGUAGCUUCUGUGAAGCUUGAGCAAAGCGACCUCCCCUACUGACUCUGGGACAUAACCACCAGUCUCUGCAGAUCAUUUCAAAUACAUCAGGAAUAUGAACGCGAGCAGGGCCCGGCAAGAAGGCAAUGCUGGGUGAAGCAAAUGGAGACACUGGGAAAACUGAAUGGAAAUUCUGGUUGUCUGUACCGGCCAAGUAAUUGAAAUUGCAAAAAGCAGCUAGAUGCGUAAGUCAUGAGGGUAAGUACAGUUCCUCCCUGCUGGUGCAUUUAAAGAGCAGAUCGUACAAGUGACAAUAAGGUUUCUGUCAGCCCAGGAAAUCUUUUAAGGCUAGAAAUAGCAUAGAUGGCAUAUUAGCUGUCUUACUUGCUUAUGAAUUUGGCACAUACAAAAACAUCACCAGUUUUCAGCAAGAAUGCCUUUAAACGCACCACUGAGAUCAAACGCUCGAAAACAGCAUGACUCACUUUCUUCUGGAGACUUUUCAUGAAACGCUUGGGCAUUUUCUUUCUUUAUUAAUAAAUAAAUAAAUAAUGAAUAAACCUUAGAACUGCAGAGCUGGAAAGGAACUCUAUGGAUCACCAAGUCCAUUCCCUAUCAUGGAGUUGUUCCAGGGAAUCAAACUCCCAACCUCUGGCUCUGCAGCCAGAUACAUAAACCUCUCUCUCUCUCUCUCUCUCUCUCUCUCUUCCACACACUCCUCCUCCUCUUUCUCCUUCUCCCUCUGGACUGCAGUCUUCAUAAUUUAGUGGCCCAGUUAGCUGGAGGAUUCAGCAAGUUUUAGUGCAAGAAGAAGCACAUUUUAUCAACUCUGAUCAACAUGAACAAAUAGUUGAUGUUACAGAGAAGUCGCUUUUGUGAAUUACCCCUCUGAUUUGGCUGAAGAAGGGCCGGAAUGCAUUCACCUGCAUGCACGUCACUGGCAGAGACCCCAGCGUUGGAAGUCUAUGGGUGGUGAGUCACUGCCCAUCGAUCUCAAAAGGAUGUUGUCGGAGUUAGUGCUUCAUGAAUUGUCCUCAAGAUAUUUUUCCUUUCCUUGAAAUAACCACUUGUUCGUUCAGCUUGAGUUUUCCUGCCCACACUGCCAUCAUCACUCUCUUGUUGUUCUCAAGGUUGUUCCUUCUGCUAUGUUUCCUUUAACAGUUGCAUUUUUAAUCAUGUCAUCUUUCCAUUUGGUUUAUGGCUUUAAACACACACACCACACACACAC